AGUGUACAGUGAUAACUGAUCGAACUUCUUCUUUAUUCCGUUUCGACAGUUUAAAACGACAGCAACCCGACAGGGUCUGUGUUCAGCACGGAUGCAGUUUGGUGUGGGCUACAGACAUGCUGUUCCCAUGGGAACUACAGCAAAAGACGAGAUGAACAAAUUCUGGUCCAAAAAUGCUCAACUCAACAGACCUCUCUCUCCUCAUGUAACCAUCUAUAGGUGGUCAGUCCCCAUGAUAAUGUCAAUCACUCACAGAGGAACAGGAAUAGUUCUCAGUGGAGGUGUUUCAGCGUUUGCGCUGGCAGCACUCUUGUUGCCGGGCAGUUUUCCCCACUACUUGGACCUGGUACACACCCUCGAGUUUGGCCCCGCCCUCAUUACCGCCUCCAAAUUCGCCCUGUCCUUCCCAUUGACCUACCAUGCCUACAAUGGAAUCCGCCAUCUGAUGUGGGAUGCAGGAAAGGGCUUUAAGAUUCCCCAGAUCUAUCGCUCUGGCUACAUCGUUCUUGCUCUGUCCAUCCUCACCUCCUUGGGCCUGACUGCACUCUGAACCCUGCGCUGGAGACCAACACCAGAACAGUGUUUGUGUGUUUCUGUGCGUUUGUGCCUCAAACGACCCCUGUAGCCAUAACUCAUUAAUAAAAGAAGUCCAAAUAUAUACAAACAGGAA